GAUAUACAACUAAAAGACAUCACAGUUUCCCAAGAUGAGGAGGACGGCUCACAGGACCAAGUGGACCCGGUUGAUGGCUUAAGUCAAGAGGAUUCUCCAGAGGUGAAAAUGUCAGGAGAAACUUUAUCAGGUUGUUCCAACGAUCCAGAAUCCUCAGAAGAGACAGAGAUCACCCGAGAAACCAUCCUGGAGGAUUUGGACAAUCUGGAUGCCAUGCAGGAUGGAAUGUAUUACAUCGACCCCAACCAGGGCAGCUCCGCCGACGCUCUGCUGGCCUACUGCAGCUUCUCCUCCUCAUCAAAGCAGACCUGCCUUCACCCCGAACACUCCCAGCUGUCGAUGAAAGCUUGGAUGGAGGAAUCAGCUGAAGAUGGAUCAUUUCAGUGGCUCAGCAGGCUGGAUCACGGUCAUCAGUUUUCUUACCCAGGUGAGAGUGUGGUGCAGAUGCGUUUCCUGCGGCUGCACAGCGUCUCUGCGUCUCAGAGGGUCACCUACUCCUGUCCUCCAGGAAGCCGUCUGGGUCCGACCGACACAGAGGUGAAAUUCCUCACCGAUACCAGGAUGCAAAGCUACCUCGGACAGCUGAAUCACUGUGUGCCUGUGGAAGAGACGGUUUAUAGUUCUGGAGAGUCUGUGUUGGAGUUCGAGGACCUGCAGCUGCUUCCUCUCAGAGACGUGGCGGUGAUGAACAGCGGGAACUUCACGCACCAGUUCAGCUUCACCGUUGGACCCGUGUGUUUCAGCUAGAAACCCGCCGCUCCUCCUCACCACACAGAAAUCCAGCAGGAUUUUAAAUCACGGACACAGAAAGAGCUUCUUUCUCCAGUUUCUGAAGAUUUCACCAACUUCCUUCUCUUUUGUCGGGGGAUUGAAUUCCUCGGCUUCAGCGACUCUGUUGCUUUUUUAACAGAGAAAUCAUUUUUGUUUACAGAGACAUUUAUCUGGUAUAAAGUAAAUUAAAUAUGUGUGUUUUUUUUUGUGCUGUUCACAUUCUUUAGUGUGUAUAUAAGAGUCAGACGGUUUUGCUUCCAGGCCGGUUCUGUCCCACUGAUGCCAGUUUAUCACUUUAACUAAAGGUGCUGAUCAUUUAUUUAAAGCUUAUUCAUCUCAUGCAUACUUGGUGCUAGCUGUUUACGAUCAGUCCUCGUCUUAAAAGAUUCAAAGCAUUUGUUUUACAUUUUGAUGUAUGUAUAAAUAUAAUUUUUUUCCUUUACAUCUCAGGUAUGACACACACAGGCACUUCAUCUGCUGUUGCCCCAGCAUGUUUUUUUUUUUGUUUUUUUUUACAGUUUUGUUGUCAAAUCUCUAAAUCUAAACUUAAUAAAUAUUUGAACUUGA